GUCAGUUCAACUUAAACCUCCUACGACAGAUAUGGUGAAGGCAAAAGUUUGGAAACAAAUCAGACCUUUCGACGGUUUGCCGGAACGGUCUGACUUUGAACUCAUCGAAGAAAAUCUGCGUUCUAUUGAGGAAGGGGAGUUUCUUGUAAAAGCCAUGUUCUUAAGCGUUGACCCAUGUACAGCAGGGCCUAUUGUAGAAGAAAACAAUAACACCACCAUAAGACAAACACAAAUCGCCAGGAUUAUUCAAAGUAAAAAUGAAAACUUUCCAGAAGGCAAAUUGGUAGUUGUAAGAAGCGGCUGGAGGACUUAUUCUAUCAUAGACGGUGCUGCGGAUCCAGCAAUACCUGAGCCAUACUUACUACCAGAUAUGGGAGGUUCAUGCCCUUCUGUUGCUUUAGGAGUGCUAGGAGUACCUGGAAACAUUGCUUACUUUACGUUUUUGGAACUCUGCAAUCCUAAAAAAGGCGAGACAGUUGUUGUGUCAGGAGCUGCUAGUUUGGUUGGCAGUAUUGUCUGCCAAAUCGCUAAGAUUAAAGAAUGUACUGUAAUUGGACUAGUAGAAACUGACGACGAAGGAAAAUGGUUGAUUAGUGACUUAAAAGUAGAUCAUUUUAUUAACUGCAAAAACGAAGACGUAGAUAAGGAGUUAACUAGGAUAGCUAAGCAAGGAGUGGAUUGCUAUUUCGAUAACGUUGGCGGUAAACUAUCCACAGUAGUCUAUGAACAUAUGAAUGCUGAAGGCAGGAUAGCCAAAAGUAAAAAUAAGUCUUACAAAUCAACUUCUAAUGAUAAUGAUGAAAACGAACAAGCUCAGAAGAUAAUCACGAAGAAGAACCUGAAACUACAAGAAAUGGACGUAUAUAGUCGAACGAUUCAAUGGAUGGCAGGUAUGUUCCAACUACAAACGUGGAUGGCACAUGGUAAAAUUAAAUUCAAGGAAUCUAUAGGUCAAGGUUUUGAAAAUACUGUAAAUUUUUUCGUUGAUACGUCAAAAGGAGACAGUUCUGGAAAAUCUAUUGUUCAGCUUUUCCAACAUUCGGACUGUUGUUAAAAAUUAAUUAGUUAUUUUUUAUAUUUCAGUCAUUUUUUACUUUUAUGACUUCAACAUUUAUUAAAAAAAUAAAGUUUAUAAGCCGAA